AUGUUAGCACCUAUAGAAAAAAUUACACGUCGUAUUUCUGGUGCAGAUUAUCCAACAUUUAGUGCUGUUUAUCUAUAUAUAGAAAUUCUCAAGAAGUCAUUUGUUUCGCAGUUAAAUAAAGGAGAAACAAAACAACAAUAUCUUAACCUAAUUUAUGGUUAUAAUUCUGAUAAAGAUAAAAGUACAGAUGAUAGUUCAAGUUCAGUUAGUGAUGAUAAUGAUACACCAAGUUGUGGAACUCGUCGACAUUGCAUACAACAAGGCACUAAUAUUGAUAAUAAUAAUAAAGUUGAAUACUUGCCUUCUAUUAAUCCAAGUGGUUUGUUGCAAAGAGUUCGAGCUGCUAUAUUUUUGUCUCUGAAUAAGCUUUGGACUAUACCUUCUGAUGCUGCAUUAAUGGCGUCUACUCUAGACCCAUGGUUUAAAAUUUUUCAAUGGGCACCAGAUCAAUUAGCUGAUGCAAGAAGAUUACUUGAACGCAUUGGGCUUAAUGAAGAUCCAAUAAAGUGGUGGCAAUCACAUAAAGCUAAAUUGCCAAUUCUUGCACAAUUGGCCAGGAAAUAUCUUUCAAUUCCAGCAACUUCGGUUCCAUCUGAAAGAUUAUUUUCUGAUGCUAAUAAUCAUGUUACAUCAAAAAGAACAUGA